CUUCUGUCCUCCUCCUCGUUCGCUGCUUUCCACAUCGGGCGAUCAAACUUUGGAAUAUUAGUUCUUUUGGGAUUGUUUUCAUCUCUUUGCACCACCUCAUUGAUUCAGUACUUGUACUUUAUACACUUUUUGUGAAGUACUUUGUCAUGUCUUUUGGAAAGUUUUAAGUACUUUUUUGGUGACUUUUUAAGUCGUCUUUUUUCAGUCUGGUUUCAUCAGGUACUUAAACAUCGUGUGUUCGUCACUUCGUAUUCUGAAAUAAAUAUUGUGAAUUCAUUUUUAUGGCGGUUUAGUGUGCAGUGUGUAUCUGCCGUCUGGCCUGGUUCUGGCCUGGCUCGGCCCUGUUUUUUUUGGGGUUUCGGCUGAGAUCGGAGACGGUCCAUGCAGCGCUACCGCCAUUAUGGCUCCUCCUCCUCCUCUUCCCCCUCCUCUGCUCCCGUAGAGGAGAUCCACGCCGAAGAGGAGGAGGAGGAGGAGGAGGUGUUCACUGAAGAGGAGGUGUAUGAGGAGGAGGCGGAGCCGCUGAUACAGGAGGAGGCGGAGCCUGCGGUGCAGCAGACAGGAGGCGUUAAUGAGGAGGAGGUCGCACAGAUGAAGGAGGAAGUGCAGCCUGACGUCCAGGAGACGGGUUGGAAAGAGGGGAAGACAACGCCGGUGGAAAGCAAGAAUGGAAAGCGGACGGAGAGAGCCGGAGGAGGCGGAGACGCGGCAGCAGCAGGAGGCUCGAAGUACUCCAUGUUUACCUGGUUCGUGGUCCUGGCUCUGCUGGGAGUCUGGAGCUCCGUGGCCGUGGUCUACUUCGACAUCGUGGACUACGACAGCGUCAUCGCCAGAGCUAAGGAGUUCCACAUGAACUUUUCUGAAGUUUUACAAGGGAAACUGACGGCCUACGACGCCGACGGAGACGGAGACUUUGACGUGGAAGAUGCUAAAGUUCUGCUCGAUGAAAAGAAGUUAAAAAAUCCUGCUGUCAGGAGAGACAGGCUGAGAAAAGCUGAAGAAGGAGAGACGGCUGCUAGAGAGAACACAACCCGAGAGCGGCCCGUCGGGGGCACCCGGCUGCGCUCUGCUCUCAGGGAGGAGCUGAGGAUGAUCCACGAGAAGAUGGUGGCCAAGAGGAUCGCUCGCAUGGCUCUGGCCGAGAUCAGGGCCUUCCUCGCCGAAGAAGAGGAGAAGAAGGAGGCAGCCUGGGAGCUGAAGAUGAAGACGCUGGAGGAUGCACAGGAGCAGCUGAGGGAGGAGAGGAGGAGGGAGGCAGAGAGGCAAAGGAUAGAGAAAGAAAAGGCAGAGAAGGAGAGGGUAGAGAAGGAGAAGGCAGAAAGGGAAAGGAUAGAGAAAGAGAAGGCAGAAAGGGAAAGGAUGGAGAAAGAGAAGGCAGAGAAGGAGAGGAUAGAGAAAGAGAAUGCAGAAAGGGAAAGGAUGGAGAAAGAGAAGGCAGAGAAGGAAAGGAUGGAGAAGGCAGAGAAGGAGAGGAUAGAGAAAGAGAAGGCAGAAAGGGUGGAAAAGGAGAAGGCAGAAAGGGAAAGGAUGGAGAAAGAGAAGGCAGAGAAGGAAAGGAUGGAGAAGGAGAAGGCAGAGAAGGAGAGGAUAGAGAAGGAGAAGGCAAGGAUGGAAAAGGAGAAGGCAGAAAGGGAAAGGAUGGAGAAAGAGAAGGAGAGGAUAGAGAAAGAGAAGGAGAGGAAAGAGAAGGAGAGGAUAGAGAAAGAGAAGGCAGAAAGGGAAAGGUUGGCCCGGGAGAGGGCAGAUAAGGAGAGACAAGAGAUGGAAAGAUUGGCCAAAGAAAAGGCGGCCAGAGAAGAGAGGGAACGACUAGAGCGAGAGAGGGCGGAGAAGGAAAAGAUGGAGAGAGAGCGCCUGGCCAGGGAACGAGCGAGGGCGGCGAAGGAAAAGGCAGAGAGGGAACAACGGGAGAAAGAGAGACUGGAGAGAGAGAGGGCAGAAAAGGAGAGAAUGGAGAGGGAGCGCAUCACAAGAGAAAGAAUAGCCAGAGAGAAGGCAGAGAGGGAGAGACUUGAGAAAGAAAGGAUUGCCAAAGAGAAAGCGGAGAAAGAGAGGCUGGAGAGGGAACGCAUCGCUAAGGAAAGAGAGCGAAUCGCCAGAGAGAGAGAGCGGCAAGAAAAAGAACGAGUCGCCAAAGAAAGAGCAGAAAAGGAGAGGCUGGAGAGGGAACGCAUCGCCAAAGAAAGAGAGAGAAUCGAAAGGGAGCGAAUCGCCAGGGAUAAAGAGAGGGUGGAAAAAGAAAGAAUAGCCAAAGAGAAGGAAAGGAUGGAGAGGGAACACAUGGCCAGGGAAAGGGCAAGAAUUCUUCAGGAGCGGGAGAGAUUACAGAAAGAAAAGUUAGAGAAGGAAAUGGCGGCGAGAGAAGAGAGGGAGAGGAUGGCGAGAAUCGCUCGGGAGAAGGAGAGAAUCGAACAGCUGAGACUAGAGAAGGAAAGGACGGCGAAGGAGAGAGCGGCGCGAGAGAAAGCUGCUCGGGACAAGAUGGAGGUGGAGAGGCUGGCGAAGGUAGAAGUGAAGAAACCGGAGCCGCUCGAGAGGAAACCAAACGCUUCCCAGCUGAAAGCUCCGGCAGUGAGUGAGCGAGCGAGUGCGCCAGCAGUCAAGAGGGAGAAGAGCGUGGUGGAGGAGAAAAUGGCCGUCGGCGGGAAGAAGAAAUAA